UCCUGGACCAGGGUUCAAAUCCGUGUCACCUGCAUUGGCAGGCGGAUUCUUAACCACUGUGCCACCAGGGAAGCCCUCAUUUUCUAUUUCUUGAUCUGAGUCCUGUUUCCACCCAUGUGUUCAGUUGGUGAAAACUAACGAGCUCUUCGCUUUUGAGUUUGCCCGUCAACAUUAUUUACACUUCAAUCAAUAGUUCACCGGAAAACAACAGCAAAAACCCCAGAACGUCUUUAGAACAAAUUUUAAUUUCAAAAAUCCGGAUAAAUUCUUGUAAGCUGAACCUUUUUUCCCUGUCUUUCUUGGGGUUCCUGCUUUUCCUGUGUCCUAAGCCUUCAAGGAAUCUGUGCCUUCUUUUGAAAUGCUUUCUUGCCUUAUUUACCAAGCUUCCACACUACCUGGGGCCGCAUUCUCGGAGCUCCGGCUGGUGACUAAAUUGUCUCCUUGUCUGUCAUCUCGACUAGUCCUGAGUUGAACUCUUUGAGAUCAGAAAGACCAGUCCCGGCUGAUUCCGCUAACCCGGAGCUCAGUGCGCGUUGCAGAGCAGUAAUAAAUCAAAUCAGCCCGGGAGGCUGGGAGCAAGGCCGGAAGAAAUAUGCUGCGAAGAGGAAAGCGCCGCUCUGGUCUACCCAGCGGUGCCCGCCCGCUCGGACAUCCAGACGCGAAGCCACACCCCUUGCCCAAGCACCUCCCCUAACUCCCUCCUGGCCCCGCCCCUCACCCGUGGGCUUCUUAGGCCCCGCCCACCAGGCGUGGCCCUGCCCCGGGAGGGCCAGGAUCCCGCCAACAAUAACUCCGCCCCUCCUUCCGCUGAGAAACCUGUCCCUUUUAUUUAAAGAAUACGUUUACGUCAGCCCGCUUUACGUAGCUUGUCGUCAUCAGUGCAAGGCGCGGAGGCGGAACUUCCUGUCUCUGGUUCUAACAGCUUCCGGGAGAAGCCGGAAGAGACCGGACCCUGGACAGAAUCAGGGCUAGCCAGCCCCUCCCCCGGCCCCUACAGAAAGGUGAGUCCACGGGCCGUCUUGGCGAAGUCAAAACACUUAGUCUGGACGUUUCAGUGUGGACCCAGUCAGCACCCAGGCCAUGGAGCUCUCUGAUGUCACCCUUAUUGAGGGUGUGGGUAAUGAGGUGACUGUGGUGGCAGGUGUGGCGGUGCUGAUUCUAGCCUUGGUCCUAGCUUGGCUCUCUACCUACGUAGCCGACAGUGGUAGCAACCAGCUCCUGGGCACUAUUGUGUCAGCUGGCGACACAUCCGUCCUCCACCUGGGGCAUGUGGACCAUCUGGUGGCGGGCCAAGGCACCCCAGAGCCAACCGAACUCCCGCAUCCAUCAGAGGGUAAUGAUGAGAAGGCUGAAGAGGCUGGCGAAGGUGGGGGAGACUCCACAGGGGAACCCGGAGCUGGGGGUGGUAUUGAGCCCAGCCUUGAGCACCUGCUUGACAUCCAAGGCCUGCCCAAAAGACAAGUGGGCCCAGGGAGCAGCGGUCCAGAGGUGCCCCAGAGAUCUGAGGAUAGCACCUGCCUCAUCAAUGUGCGGCUCAAAUUCCUCAAUGACACCGAGGAGCUGGCUGUGGCCAGGCCAGAGGAUACUGUGGGUGCUCUGAAGAGUAAAUACUUCCCUGGACAAGAAAGCCAGAUGAAACUGAUCUACCAGGGCCGCCUGCUGCAGGACCCAGCCCGCACACUGCGUUCCCUGAACAUUACCGACAACUGUGUGAUUCACUGUCACCGCUCACCCCCUGGGUCAGCUGUUCCAGGCCCCUCGGCCUCCCUGGCCCCCUCUUCGGCCACUGAGCCGCCCAGCCUCGGCGUCAGUGUGGGCAGCCUCAUGGUGCCUGUGUUUGUGGUGCUGUUGGGUGUGGUCUGGUACUUCCGUAUCAAUUACCGCCAGUUCUUCACAGCACCUGCCACUGUCUCCCUGGUGGGGGUCACUGUCUUCUUCAGCUUCCUAGUAUUCGGGAUGUAUGGACGAUAAGGACCGUAGGGAGAAAAUGAAAGGCGUGGUCUUCCUCCUUUAUGGCCUCCCCCCUUUCCUGGCCAGAGCUGGGCCCAAGGGCCUGGGAGGGAAGGGUGGAAAGGAUGUGGUGGGUCCCCCUCCGUAGGACCCAGGAGGCAGGCAUGGGGCCUCUGCUUCACGUCCACGAGGGUACAGACAUCCCCUCUGUGCAAGCACAACUCAGGUAGAAAUGAGAAUGUCAUCUUCCUUCACUUUUAAGGUCCUGAAGUUCAGAGCUGAGCUGGUGUUCCAGCUCAGUGGGGAGCCUGGGCUCUGAGGAUUCCCUCCCAGCUGUGGCCCUAGCUCUUUCCAUUAUCCUGCAUGUCUGCUCCUCAGCCCCCAGCGCUGCCUGUCAGGGCAGCUCAGCAUGGCCCCAGCAUACUUCUAUAGGGAGCCUGGAGUAUCUUUCGGUUCCCUAGUGGAAUAUCCAUCUUUUGAGACUGAAAUCACAUGGGCAGGAGUGAAGUUUGUGUCAGCCUUCCCUGUAGGCACCUGGCCACCUCUACCUUCUCCCUCCACCCCGUAGCAGGAAUAGGGUGUUCUCUGUGUUCUGGAUGGUUUCCAGUGUUUUUUUCUUCAAAGCACUUUGCUUAUAUUCUUUUCUUAAAAAAAUAGUCCCUUAUAGAGCUCAGUCAGGAAGGGGAUUGGGGCACAAAGCCAAGCCCCCAGCAUUGGGAGAGGCCGGGCCACAGCUGCUGCUACCCUAGGCCUAAGGCUGUAAGCAAGAGGCAGCUCUGGCCCUCAGCCAGUGUCCUACUCUGCCCAGCUCCAAGGACGAGCUCUGGGUAUGGAGCACUGGGCCCCAGGCCCUUGCCUCUGGGGCUCUUGGAUGGAGGGCCAGUAUCUGUGACUGAAUAAAGUUCCAUUUUGUGGCC